AUGACGAAUCCGUCCCAGCUCUUCCUUCUGGCCGACCAUAUUAAGCUCUCUCUUAUGGAGCGGGAGCGUGCCAUCUCCCUUGAUCUCGAGCCCAACGCACAGGAUGGAGAAAUCUCCCGAUCCCUCGAGUCCCUGCAGACAGGCAUCCAAGCCGUCGAAGCCGAGCAGGCCAGGCUCGCCGAAUCCAACGACAGCGCAGGCGCUGCCGCCUUGAAGGACCAGCUUGGCCCUCUUCAUGCACAGUACCGGGAAUUGUCUGCCCAAUUCAAUGGCUCAGAAGGCGACUUGUCCACCACGCACUCGACUACACAGGCAUCGGCUGGCGGGCGGCCGUCCUCCACCUCGCCCGAUCUCAAACAGCCGGUUCCACAGCAUCCGUCUUCAAAAUCGGUACGAUUUAUGGAUAAUUCCGCGGCUGCGGCGGCCGUGCAAGAUGAGAUCGACGACGAAGAUGAUCGCAAUCGUCAACACCUGUUCCGGCCAUACCGCGACGAGCCCUCCCCGCCUACCAUCGAUCAGUCCAACAUGAGCAAUGAGCAAAUUCAUUUACACCAUGACCGUGUGAUGCGCGAACAGGAUGACCAGUUGGACCGACUCGGCGAGUCUAUCGGGCGCCAGCAUCAGUUGAGCAUCCAGAUUGGCGAUGAGUUGGACGGCCAUGUCGCACUGCUGGACGGCUUGGACGGUGAUGUUGAGCGUCACCAGACGCGAUUGGAUGGCGCUCGGCGGCGGCUGGACCGGAUCCGUCGCAAGGCUGGGGAUAAUUGGAGCAUGAUGACCAUUAUCGGAUUGAUCAUUAUUUUGGUGAUAUUGAUUGUGAUUUUGAAAUGA